UGGCGCCAAAAUACGUGCUGGACUAACUGUGCUGGACUGGGACCAUCUCUGAUGAAGUCUCCAAGGAUGAGAGUCUACACGAAGUCGGUGUUGCUGUUCCAUUGGCUCUUUCUGGCCUAUGUGCUAAUGGUGUGCUGUAAGCUGAUGUCUGCCUCCAGCUACCACCUCCGGGGACACACAGGCCCCCACCAAAUCAAGCAAGGUACCUGUGAGGUGGUCGCUGUGCACCGAUGCUGCAAUAAGAACCGUAUAGAAGAGCGCUCGCAAACUGUCAAGUGUUCCUGCUUCCCAGGGCAGGUUGCUGGCACAACCCGGGCUCAGCCUUCUUGUGUUGAAGCCUCCAUUGUGAUUCAGAAAUGGUGGUGUCACAUGGAACCCUGCUUGGAGGGUGAGGACUGUAAGGUGCUGCCAGAUUACUCAGGUUGGUCCUGCAGCAGUGGCAAUAAAGUCAAAACCACAAAGGUGACACGGUAGCAGAGAGAGAGAAAGAGACAGAGAGAGACGUGCUUUAUCCUCGAGAGGCGUUGGGAUACAGACCUGUCUGGUGUAGAACACCAUCCAGGCAGGAAAUUGUCUUGGCUUUCAGCAAAUUCACGUUUGUAGUUUGUGCACCAUGAGAAGUGGCAUCCACCCAGCUGCCCUCUUUGCUUCAUGAUUUGAUUACGGAGAAAUACAACCACUAGCUGCCACACGGUUCAAGUUUUAUCUGGAUUCCAAAGGAAAUACCUCUAAGAAAUCCCUGGGGAAGCAGAGAUGUCAAAACUGAACACGAGGAACAUUUCGGUCUUCAGUUUCUUUUUCUGCCUUUAUCAAGGGACAGGGACAUAUGUUUCAUAGGGUUCUUCUUUCAGCUUUUCUUUUAGCCAUUGUAUGAAAGUGGUUUUAAGGAGGUCUAAAUAACAAAAGCUUCUGGAAAACAUAAUUACAGAGGUUGAGUACUAAACCCCAGGGAAGCAGCGAAGAAUAUUUAUUUUAUGAACCACGAAGAACAGAAGGUUUCACUGGGGUUCCUUGGUGCACAUUUGUACUUUUACUUUUGAGAAUUAAAAAAAAGUUUACUGAAGUUUCAUUGACAGGUUAGCAGAAAUUAAAAAGAGGCUACUCCCCCCGCCAUGCCCAAUGCUCUUGAGUUCCAAGGAAGCAAAUUGGCUGCAGUGUUUCAUAACCAAAGCUCUAUUGUGACACACACACUAAG